CAAAAGCUUACUUUGAAACGAGCACUGUACGCAAGUAAAGGAAGGGUAGAGAAAAUGAGCGAAAUACAGUGAUAGUCGAACGUCAAACCCAUCACCAUGUUGUACGGGGAACGAAUCAUGCACGUUCUCGUAAAAAGUGUGCUUGUGUUCGUUGUCUAAGUUUGUGUGCAUACAAACAAAACAGCAGGGAAAAGGAUUACCAAUUUUAUCAACAAUUUCGCUUUCAAUGGAAAAGGAAAAACCGGAAGGAUUAGAUAAAAAGUCAGCAGUAGCCAAUCAGGAUGAUUUGAAGCAGGAAUUGAAACCAACGGAUGCAGGUAAAAAUGAAGGAAAAGCCCCUGAAACAAGCAACGCGUCACCGUCCGGCAGUGGAACAAAGGGUAAACAGUCGGCACCGAAGACCACGAAGAAAAAAAGGCAAAAAGCUCCGAAGGAUGCAAAUGCACCGAAACAUCCGCUUACUGGAUACGUUCGGUACAUGAACGAGCACCGCGAAGGAGUGCGCCAGAAACACCCCAAUUUGACGCCCAUCGAGGUAACGAAAAUAAUGGCCGAAGAAUGGUCCAAAUUGUCAGAAGAGAGAAAGAAACCGUAUCUAGAAGCCGCAGAGGUUGACAAAGAACGGUACAAUAAGGAAAUAUCUGAGUACAAACUGAACAAUGAAGCGAAAGCUAAAGCGUUACAGAACGAGUCGCAAGUAGCAAAAAAAGAGGUGACGGGGCCAAAAGUAGUCAUAUCGUCUAUUCCAUAUGUUAAUGGCAAGGUAGAACAAAAAGUGGCUCGCCAAGGCGAUUACGAUAUACCCAUUUUUACGGAGGACUUUCUUGAUCACAACAAAAUCAUCGACUCGGAGCUGCGCACGUUGCGCAAAUCUAAUAUAGAUUAUGAACAGCAGAAUUCGGUUCUUGAGAAGCACGUCGAAAACAUGGAAAAUGGUAUUCAAAAGCUAGAUGGCGAAAAAAGUAGCCUGGAAGCACAGAAUGUUGUUUUAGAGAAUUAUCUAAAAAAGUUACGUGCCGCACUGGCUAAUGCACUGCAGGGUUUACCUCUUGCCAGCGAAUACUCCGGAGCCACAAUCGACAAUAUUGAUCAGUAUUUGGAGAAAUUACAUCAAAUGGCAGAUAGUAGUACGCAGGGCCAUACAUUGAACAAAGCAAAAGAUAUUAUUCGUAAGCUAGAUCUCCAUAAUCUAACGCUUUAAACAACAACGUGGAGAUGCAAACAAA